AAAUAUCCAGAAAAAACGUUUGUUCCCGAUGGAAAGUCAGUUACGUGGGAUAAUCAGAAAGGUUUUACAAUUCCCACUAACAUGAUCAGUGAUGUGGGAAUGGUCUUUUGCAAAACUAAGAUAGAUGGUGAGAGCUAUCAAUCGGUGAUGUACGUCGUGGUUGUUUUAGGAUAUAGAAUUCAUGAGCUCAGCAUGAGCCCUCUGCACCAAGUGGAACUGGCUGCAGGAGAGAAGCUAUCCUUAAACUGCACAGCAAGGACCGAGCUGAAUGUGAGAAUUGAGUUUCAGUGGGAUUUCCCUUCGAAGCAGAAAAGCCUUUUCUCUUUUUGGGCAAAAUGCCACUUCUGGUGGAGACAAUUCUCAGAGAACCAGCUAAAGUGCCUGUAUUAUUCAAAGCAUAUCCACUCCCAGAAGCAAAAUGGCCACCGCAAAUCGGGGAGAAUGCGCUCCUCUCUUCUGUCGAUUCCUACAAGUAUGGCUCCACCCAAACUCUUACGUGUACGGUGUAUGCGGCUCCCAUGGUGAGGCACAUUCAGUGGUACUGGCAACUGGAAGAAGAAUGCACUUUCAAUCCACACCAAGCUGGAAUGGGGAACAAUCCCUAUGCAUGUAAGAAAUGGAAAACCAUAGAGGACCGACGAGGGGGAAAUCAGAUUGAGAUCUUAAAAGAUCAGUUUGUUGCUAUUGCUGGAAAAAUGAAGGUCAAUGAACCAAUUCUUAGCAGAAAAUUCAUUCUGAAUCUGAACUCAAGAGAACCAGUGGCACCUACAAUUACAGGACACCCUCAGAAUCAGACAACAAACAUUGGCAAAACAAUAGAAGUUGUCUGCACAGCAAGUGGAAUUCCUUCCCCACACAUCGUUUGGUUUAAAAACAACAAUUCUCUGAUUGAAGAUUCAGGGACGGAUGAGAAAACAAACCUUGAGCUCAUUAUUCUUGUUGGGACAGCGAUCAUCGCCAUGUUCUUCUGGCUGCUCCUCGUAAUCAUUCUCCGGACUGUGAAACGGGCCAAUGGAGGAGAACUAAAAACUGGCUACCUGUCUAUCAUCAUGGAUCCUGAUGAAGUCCCGAUGGUUGAGCAGUGUGAACGUCUCCCUUACGAUGCCAAUAAAUGGGAAUUCCCUCGGGAUAGGCUGAAGCUAGGAAAGCCCCUCGGGAGAGGCGCGUUUGGUCAGGUGAUCGAAGCUGACGCAUUUGGAAUUGACAAAACGACUACCUGUAGCACCGUAGCAGUCAAAAUGCUUAAAG